AUGGCGACUUCCGAUGGGGUUGCGGUGGAGGUGCACGGGACAACUCAGCUUCCAAAUUCUAUUUUGAGUUGGUACGAUGAGACUCGUCCUAUGUGGAUUGAUCUCGUCGGGGAUUAUGCUGGAAAAGAGUUGUUUCUUCUGGAGGGAGAUUCUCUAUUGAGAGAAUGUUUCGCAGAUGAGAGGAUUGAUUUCCAAGAUGGAUUUCAAUUGCUUCAUGCCGUAUAUGUCGUGGAACGAUUCCUUGAGAAUUUAGUCAAGAGACAUUGCAACUUCCACGUUGCGUUCUUCGAAGAGAAUCGGCAAUUAUGUGUACCAUCAGGAGUGAAAUCCACACACCGAGCUCGGUAUCUCCUCGCCCGAACAGCAAUUCGACAGCAUUUACACCACAGAUUACCAUUGUCACAUCCAGAGAUUGUGGUCAAUACUUUCCCUUCCUUAGAGAGUGAAGAAUUCUCCUAUUAUCUUCGUGUUACACCAAUCCACUUUGUCAUGUCGCACGAUGGGGCUGCCACAGCAAAGCAACCUCUCUCAUCGAAAGAAGAAAAGACCAUCCUUCGAGGACUGAUAUGGUUUUUCAAUUCCCACAGGCUCAAUAUUGCCCUCAUUAAUCGCAUAGAGUUCAGAGAUUCAAAGGUUUUCACCAUGAUUGUGGAAAGCAUGACUGUCUCAAGCCAACGCAAGCUGCUUAUUAGUUCUAAGUUUACCACAGACAUUGAAGAAGCUCGUGUGAAGUUUGCCAAAGAUCCGCAAGCCGAUAACUCUCGUGGAAUGCCGUCCAUUGACGACGAAAUCACCCAAAAGUUGUCUACUGCGUCGGCAAAGAUUCGCUUGAGUGAAAGAUCAUGCGUUUCUGUUUUUUCUGCUUCUCAUAUUCUGAAAGAAAACACAUCCGAUAUAUUUUUCGCUUCUGCCCUCAUUUUACAUAGCGUUAUGCUUAAUCAAAUUCCUCUUUCAAAGCGUCGAUUUCCAUCUGUUGUAUUCGACAAUGACUUCGAAGAAGAAAUUACUAGUUUCUUGUCUUCAUUUGCAGAUGUUGCUCAGUGUAUUCAAAACAACCCGACAUGGAGCAAAUUUGUUGAAACUAAUGAAAUUAUAAGAGAUUCUCAUGAUCUCGUCGAUGGCCGAUUAUUUCGCGUCGUCAUCCAAGCUAUGUGCAACGAAUCAUUAGACCCCUUUCCUCAAUCAAUUCAAGAUGAAUGGCUUGUGCUUUGCAAUUUGACCAAGGAGCUUUCAAGUCAAGAACUUUCCUUGGACAAAAGCAUUGAUUUAUCCUCAGUCAAAGUUACCCCGUGCGAAGAUUCCGACUCAAGCUCGGAUGAUCUUACAGUUUUACCCUUCACUAAUACUGUCUUCAACAAGCAUUUGGAGUGUAUUCAUGUUCAAACAGGUUCAUCUCUAUCUGCACAGUUUGGUACCAUGAAGCUUUACAGGGAGACAAGUCAUUGGCAUAAUCACAAGAAGCCUCUCAUUACAAAAGCUCCUGUGGCACAGAAAGUGUCCAAAUGGCGUAAUCCCCUUCGAACAAAUCAAUUCUAUAUGAGUGAAAUGACCUCGUACGCCGCGAGUUUAACAGGAGCAAAGGGAAAAGCACUUGAACCGGAGACAAUCGUGGUGGGACCCAAGCAACUGGUCAAAGUCGCUGAGGAGAAACCAUCAAAGACGAGUAAAGCCGAAAAGCCAGCACCUAAAUCGAAGAAAGAAGCCCCAACUGAUAACAAAAAACCUGCAGCCAAUGCUAAGAAAGGUACUAAAAAAGGUGGUGGGCUUUCAGCUGCUGAUCAGAUCCGUGCUGCAAAUCUGGAAAAGAAAGGAGACACGGAGACUGAUAAAGCUUUCCUUGCGUGGUCUAUGAUUAUGAAGGAUCUUGAUUUGACCUCGAACGAUGAGAAUCGCUAUCUCAGGGCCAAACAAUAUCUUAACAAUCUCGACAAUGCCAGAACAAAAAUUCUUGAAGGAGAUAUCAACACCUUUAUCCUCCAAUGCCUACUAUCUUGGUGGGCAGGGUACUGUAAGCAAAACAAGAAAAUUGAUGGCUACCAUGUAGUCGCAUUGAUUUGGACUACUGUAAGAUCUAUAUGCACUACCAAUGCAUCUAUCACAAAAGAGAUCAUUCAGCAUGUCGAAAAGAUAUGCAAAUUGAUUGGUAUUUCAGACGCUUUCUCGUCGCCGAAAGUCCUUGGUGCUGAUCGAAAGCUAUCUUUUGCCUUCAAGUAUCCUCCUCCGACUUUGUCCUUGAAAAUUGAUAUUUCUCAAUCGGAAUUUCAGCUGGAACAUUGCGGUCCUUACAUGGACAGAAUGCUUGAUGCAAAGCCAGAUCCCCGUGUUUCUAGCUUCGUUCCUGAUGGUUGGCAAAGAGAUGUGCUCGAUCAGUUAGAUGCCAAUAAGAGUGUAUUCGUAGUGGCGCCAACUUCUGCUGGUAAAACUUUCAUCAGUUUCUACGCCAUGGAACAAAUCCUACGAGCUGAUAAUGAUGGAGUUCUGGUUUAUGUUGCACCAACAAAGGCACUUGUCAAUCAGAUUGCAGCUGAAGUCCAGGGUCGAUUCUCCAAGAGAUUUCCUCAAGCAGGUAAAGGAGUGUGGGCUAUUCACACUAGAGAUUAUCGUGUGAACAAUUCUACAGGUUGUCAAAUUCUCGUCACUGUACCCCAUAUUCUUCAGAUUAUGCUUCUAUCACCGACGAAUGCGAAGUCAUGGGCACCAAGAGUGAAACGUAUUAUUUUCGAUGAAAUUCAUUCUAUUGGACAAUCUGAAGAUGGUGUGGUAUGGGAGCAACUCUUGUUAUUAUCACCAUGCCCAAUCAUUGCUCUUUCUGCAACUGUGGGCAAUCCUGAGCAAUUUGCGGAUUGGCUGGGAGAAACUCAAAAGGCAAAUGGAUCCGAACUAAAAAUGAUCAAACACUCAACCAGAUACUCCGAUUUACGAAAGUUCAUGUACGAGCCACCUAAGAAAUUCGACUUCGAAGGUCUUGGAGACUCAUUCGGUCUAGGUUUAGGUCUGGAUGGUCUACAAGGCUUCGAAUCCUUUCACCCUGUGUCUAGUUUGGUUGACCCUUCAAGAGGAAUGCCUGAAGAUCUUGCACUUGAACCUAGAGAUUGCUUAUCGCUAUGGAAGGCCAUGGUCAAACAUCAAAGCAAGGAGUACAGCGUUUCCGAAUCAUUAAAUCCUGAAAAGGCAUUGCCAUCCUGCAUUCGAAAAGCAGAUAUUUUUGCAUGGGAAAAGAAUCUCAAGAAAGUGUUGCUUCAAUGGAUGGCAGAGUGUCAAUCACAAUUUGCCAAUGUGGUAAAGGAACUGACUCCAGAAAAUGUUGAGACCAAGAACGAUAUUUCAAUUGACAGCACCUCUGAUUCUGCGACUGAGCCCAUUGAUCCGUUGGAUCUACAAGCUACAACCCUGCCAUUACUUUAUCAAUUGCACAAGCGUCGUGCUCUACCAGCUAUUUUGUUCAAUUAUAACCGAUCUGCUUGUGAGAGCAUUUCGAACACUCUAUUGAACCAGCUAGUUCAAUCCGAAGAACAAUGGAAGAAGGGAUCAGCUUGGAAAAAGUUGAUGGACGGCUAUGGAAAGUACCAGGAAACGAAGGCAAAGAAAGGACGUAAACCGGUCAAACCAUCGAAGAAGUCUACCCAAGAUGACGAAGGCGGGUCAAAGAUGGACCGAAUGCGUGAGGAUGCAACAGAUGGAUCUUCUUUCUACGAUCUAUUCGAUCCAACAGCCCCCCAGGCCGAUUUCUCAUUUGCUGAUCCAAAGCGUCUGCAAAAAGAAGAACUCGAUGGUUUCAUCCGACAACUUCGUCGCAAGGAGAUCAGAGAAGAUUUGAUCGAUUUGCUGAGGAGAGGUAUUGGUGUGCAUCAUGCUGGUAUGAAUCGAAAAUACCGACAAUGUGUGGAAAUGUUGUUCCGUAAAGGUUUCUUGAAAGUUGUCAUUGCAACUGGUACACUUAGUUUGGGUAUCAAUAUGCCAUGUGCUACUGUUGUAUUCUCUGGAGACUCUGUAUUCUUAACUGCCUUGAAUUUCCGUCAGGCUGCAGGUCGUUCAGGUCGUCGUGGUUUUGAUCUACUCGGUAACGUUGUGUUCCAGGGCGUCUCUAGAGAGCGAGCAAGUCGUCUUCUCAGUUCUCGACUUCCUGAGCUUACUGGUCACUUUCCAAUUACGACAACAUUGGUAUUACGAUUAUUCUCCCUCUUGAACGAUUCUAAGAACUCGCCAUAUGCUGUUAGAGCUAUCAACUCUCUUCUUUCUCAACCUAGACUGUAUCUUGGCGGUCAAAGUUUCAGAGAGCAAGUUCUUCACCAUUUAAGAUUUUCUAUCGAGUAUCUACGCAGAAACGCACUUCUUGGACCCGGCGGUGAACCGGUCAACUUUACUAGUUGUGUUUCGCAUCUUUACUUUACAGAAAAUUCAAGUUUUGCAUUCCAUGCUCUUCUCAACGGAAAAUACUUCCAUAAGCUCUGUGCAGAUAUUGAUACCAAUUCUGAUGAAGUACUACGUACAAUGGUUCUAGUAUUGAGUCAUCUAUUUGGUCGUAGAGUUGUUAGAGAAGUCGAUGAUCCCGAAGAGGCAGAGAAAAUUCAUCGUUCGCCAUCGAAUGUGUAUCUCGAACCCAUGCCAGAAGAUGCAGCUAACAUACUUCGCGGUCACAACAAGAGUACUUUAGAGGUCUUUUCGACAUAUGUAAAGACGUUCGCGGAGCAACACAUCACUGAAGACGAACAUGCUUUGCCAUUCACACAAAGUCCAGUCGGUCCAAACGAAACAAAGACGAAUGGAAACACGACCCUUAAUUUCCUCCCUUCUUUGCCUAGUCCUCAAGCCAGAUCACCAUUUGUAGCUCUAUCUGGUCUGGGUGACUAUUUUACUACCAUUGAAGAUCUUUGCAGCUCCACUCGCGAAGGCGUCUUCCUCGAAGCAGCUGUCAUUCCACAUCUAGAACUUCACCCUGAUGAAACCAGAUCACCUUUAAACUCAUAUCUUCUUGAUUUCUUCAAGCAUGGCUCUCUACAACCCCUCGAGGACGCCAAUGGUAUCCGCAGAUCAGACGUCUGGUUCGUACUCAAUGACUUCUCUAUGGUACUAGCUACAAUCGCCACAUCCCUCGCCUUACAUCUUGGUCUAUGUCAAGACACAGAUUCAGAACUUCUUGAUGUAAUGGGAGCAGGAGAUUCCGUUGAGAACGAGAAUGAUGAGAAAAUGGCCGAAGAUUCCAUUCCACAAGCUGUUUCUGGACCAGCCGGUGAAGUUCAACAAGCUCAGCCAGUUCGCAGAAAAAAGGUUGUCGAUGAUUGGGAUGCGGGUGAGGAUAGAUUGGCUGCUGAAGAGGAUUAUUUGGAGAAGGAAAAGGAGAGUGGUGCCGGUGUGACAGAUGAUGAAGAGUAUGAAAAGUUGAUGACUGUUUAUCGGGCGUUCAGGAAGUUGAAGACGGAAUUUGAUGAGAAGUUUAGAGCUAUUUGGGCUUAA